CCGUGCUACCUUGGCCGGGUCUAUCCGUGACUUGGAGCCAAAGACGGCAUUGCCAGGUAAAGAGGCACGUGCGAUAAGAUAAGACACGCAAUCAUACCCCAGCCAGCGGAGAGCUUCGUUCGGAGCCUCGUCCUUCUAGGCUCCCCAAGAACCGAGAGCCCGCUCUCCGGGACUGGCAACCCGGAUUUUCUUCCCAACUUUUCGGUUCCAUAAUCAGCGAGCACCAAACAUGCGGGCAAUUCCUUUCCCGCAACCCCUCCAGAACACCAUCUCCCCUCCGAUGCCGGCUCCCGACUCAACCACCACAAACCAAAGAUGACCGAUCCCGAUCCCGCCCGGCCAGCAUCCUCGGCGGCCAUCCAUGCGGCCCAGGCUUCCAACCCGAUGUCCCGUCAACCAUCCGUAGCCAGCAGGGGCAGCCGAUCCAGCCUGCGCAGACAGCAGGAUGCCCAACCCCCGGCAUCCCCCUCGGCCUCCUCCCCCCCGCCCCAGGACCACCCCCAGCAGCAGCAGCAGCAGCCGGCGCAGGCGACCGUCCCGCCGGAGCCCGAACAGCCGCCCUUCACCCCGCUCUUCACCCUCCUCACCUCGACCUCCCACCCCUCCCAGAAGCCCACCCUGCACCACCCGACCGUGCACUACAUCUUCGCCGACGACGACCCAGAGCUCCUAACCGAGGCCCUAGCCAGGCACCACCGCACCCCCGAGGACCUCGAGGUAGACGAUCCCGACGCUGGCCCCGACCCCGAUCCCGACUCAGACCAGGCUGCCUCGCAGGAGCACCGCCGCGAUGCCGCCUCCGCCUCUGCCACCAGCAGCAGCAGCAGCAGCGGCAGCCAUCACCUCGACCGAGCCAUCCUCAUCGACCUCGUGCCCGCCGACGGCAACAACAGCAGCAGCCCCGGCGGCGGCCUCGAGGUGGCAUGGGCGUCGAGCCUGACGCCAGACUGGGCGGUAGUUGGGGCGCGCGUCGCGAGCCAGGCCGACGACGACGACGACGGCCACGGCCACGGCCCGGCGGCUGACCAGGAGCAUCUGCAUCAUCAUCAACACCGCCGCCACCGCAAGGGCUCCGGCGGCGCCGGCGCUGGCUCGCUGAUCCUCAAGAUCGAGGGCGUCGGCGCCGAGGCCGCCGCCGCCGCGCGCCCGUUGCCGGUGGCGGGGGUGGUGGUGCCGGGCAGGAACUCGCCUGCCGAGGGCGGGGAACCGCAGCAGUCGCCCGGGCUUGCGGGCGGGGCGGGCGGCAAGCAGCAGCAGAGGCCGUCCCCGGGCAGCGAGGAAUACCCGGCCCUGAUGGACGAGUUCGACAAGAGGAUGGGGGUGCUGCGCAGGGUCGUCGAGGCCGGGGAGGAGAGGCGGCGCAGGACGGAGGCGGAUUUACUGGCCGCUGCUGCUGCUGCUGCGGCCAGCGGGGAGGAAGAGGGGGAGGGGGACGCUGAUUAUCAUGGUGGGGAGGACGAGCGAGGGGCCCGGGAGGCGGAGCGGUAG